AUGGAGGGAGACGAUGUUCGGAGAAAGUGGCUGGAGAGGAGCAGGAAGCCAUUGUGGCCAACUUCUCCUCCCACCGAAUCUCCUCGACCAACAGACCUGCGCUCCCAAUUCUCCUCCCCCGCUCCACCCCAACCCUCCCUCCAACCAACACCCAAACGCUCCCUCCGCCCGUACAUCUACGCAGUUAUCUUCUUCACCAUCGGCCUCACAGCAGGCCAAUACGUGCGCCUCGUCCUCGCACCACCUCCCCUCCCACCCGCUGGCUCAAAAGAGGAUACCCUCAUGAUCGAACACCUCCAAAAACAAGCCGAAAAACUCCCAAUCGUGCAAUCCCUCUCCACAGACCCCAAGUGGACCUCCUACGAAGCCUACUCCUCCGUACCUGACACCGAGCUCUCGCGCCGCCUCACAACCGGGCCCCUCGGCGGCGCGCGCGCCAUCGGCGGUUUCCAACGUAUCUUCUGGAACAAAGAAUCGGGAGAAAUUGUAACGGUGAUCUGGUUCGGGGGUGCGAUUGCUGGAUGGCCCGGAGUAACACAUGGAGGAGUCACGGCGACGAUUAUGGAUGAGAUACUGGGACGUUGUGCGAUCAAACAGUUUCCGGCCCAGACGGGCGUGACGGCGAAUCUGGAAUUGAACUAUUUGAAGCCGGUUGUUACGAAUUCUUUCUAUGUGGUCAGGGCGAUUCCGGAGAAGGGGUUUACGGAACGCAAGGGCUGGGUCAGUGGCAGAUUGGAGACGGUGGAUGGGAGGGUUUGUGUUGAGGCUAAGGGGCUGUUUGUUGUGCCGAAAGGGAUUAAGUUGAGACGUCUUGAGGGAUAA